AUGAAAAUAAGAAACGGAUAUGACUCCGCUAUUUAUGGUGAAGCAGGUAUUGGAAGGGAAUAUAGUGGUGUUGUCUCCGAGGUGGGUGAGAAAUUACAAACUGCUUGGCGUGAAGGUGAUGAAGUGUUUGGUAUUUACUUUCAUCCUCAUCUGGCAGUCGGUGCUGCGCAAAGUUCUUUAUUGAUUGACCCAUCAAGUGAUCCAAUUCUUUUAAAGCCAGCAAAUAUUAGUUCUGAAUCUGCCGCUGGUACAUUAUAUUGUCUAGGUGCUGCAUUCAAUCUUCUAGAUAAAUUGGAAAAGGCUGGUUAUCUAAAGAAUGAUUCAAAUGUGUUAAUUAAUGGUGGUACUACAUCUGUGGGGAUGUUUGUCAUUCAAUUGUUGAAAUAUUAUUAUAAAUUAAAGAAAAAGUUAGUCAUUGUCACUUCAGGUACAGGACCAGACGUAUUGAAGGAUCAUUUUACUGAUAUAAGUGAUGACUUCAUAUUUAUAGAUUAUUUGGUCUGUAGAGGUAAAGCCAGUAAACCAAUAAGGAGAAUGUUUGAAGAUGGGAAAGUGGUUAAUUUUGAUCGUUCCACAAAUUCAGAAAUAUCUGUGGACUAUAAUCAAGGAAAAUUUAACAUUGUGUUGGAUUUCAUUGGUGGCUACGAUAUAUUGAAGCAUUCUAGCGAUCUAAUCCAUGCUAAGGGAGUUUACCUCACUACUGUUGGUGAUUAUGUUGGAAAUUAUUCUGAAGAUGUUUAUAAUCAAUGGGAUAAUGCAAGUGCCACCGCCAGAAAGAUGUUCGGAACGAUGUUGUGGCAAUAUAAUUAUAUUCAUUAUUAUUUCGAUCCAAAUGCAAAGACUGCUUCCAAAAAUGAUUGGAUCCAAAAAUGUGGAGAAUUAUUAGAAAAUGGUGACGUAAAAUGUGUUGUUGACAAAAUAUACGAUUGGAAAGAUCACGAAGAAGCAUUUUCCUAUAUGGCUACUCAACGUGCUCAAGGUAAAUUAAUCUUGAAAGUAGAGAAGUUUUAA